CCUCUGCCCCCUUCUGAAUUGCAUCAAUUCCGAUCAUGAGCCAGAAAGAAAAAGAAAUGGAGGAGAGCUCCCCACCACUCUGUGUCACUUGCGGCCAAGCGCAUUUACCGGAAGAGAACCACUUGUACAGCUACACCGAAGAAGUAGAUGAUGAUCUGAUAUGCCACAUUUGCCUGCAACCUUUGCUUCAGCCAUUAGACACGCUCUGUGGUCACACCUUCUGCACAGCAUGCCUUACCAGCUUCCUCGUGGAAAAAGACUUCUGCCCCAUGGACCGCAAGCUUGUGAUUCUCCAGACGUGCAGGAAGUCCAGCAUACUAGUGAAUAACCUCCUGGACAAGCUAAUGGUUAGCUGCCCUUUCACAGAACACUGCUCAGAGGUCAUGCAACGCGGUCAUCUUGAACAGCAUUUCCAAACCCAAUGUAAAGGAGCAUCCCACUAUGGCCUUACCAAGGAACGAAAGAGGCGUUCCCAAGACUGCUCUCCAGACCAUGGCUCCAGCUUAGCAGUAGCUGCCCUGGGCCCUGAGCUCUCAGCAGCUGCAGCCAUCGCCUUAAUGACAGAUGAGCCAGGGCUGGUGAACCCAGCCUUCAGCCCCACCUCAGAGGACAGCCAUUCAGGCAGUAGCCCCGGAGACCUGCAUCACAGCAACCGAAACAGAACUCGACACUUUGAACGCUCCACUAUAAGGAGCAGAUCUUUUAAAAAAAUAAACAAGGCGUUCAGUGCCCUUCGAAGGACGAAAAGUGGAAGUGCUGUUUCCAACCAGGCUGACCAGGAAAGGGAGACUGUUGGAAACUCCGUGGCAGGAGAAGAAGGUUUUCCCAGGUUGUAUCACCUGAUUCCUGAUGGGGAAAUUACCUGCAUUAAGAUCAACCGUACCGAUCCCCAUGAAAACCUGGCCAUUAGGAUUGUGGGAGGCAGUGAAACUCCUUUGGUUCACAUUAUUAUACAGCAUAUUUAUCGAGAUGGAGUAAUUGCCAGAGAUGGAAGAUUGCUGCCUGGAGACAUGAUACUAAAGGUAAAUGGCAUGGACAUCAAAAAUGUGCCUCACAACUAUGCCCUGUCAAUCCUGAAGCAGCCCUGCCACGUGCUCCGACUGACAGUGCUCCGCGAGCAGAGGUACCGGUGCCGGCACGGCGGGCUCUCCCUUGAUGCUCACUGCACCAGGGACGACAGCUUCCACGUCGUGCUGAACAAAAGUAGUCCGGACGAGCAGCUGGGGAUAAAGCUGGUCCGCAAGGCUGAUGAACCGGGGGUAUUUAUUUUCAACUUGUUGCAAGGCGGUGUGGCUGCUCGUGAUGGACAGCUUCAGGAGAACGACCGGGUGUUGGCCAUCAACGGGCACGACCACCGGUACGGCAGUCCAGAGAGCGCAGCCCAGCUGAUACAGGCCAGCGAGAAGCAGGUUCACUUUGUCGUGUCCCGGCAGACCCGGCAGCAGACCCCCGACAUCUUGCAGGAGACCGGCUGGAGGUACAGCGGCAGCGGCCCCCAGGCCUGUCCCGCCGAAAGAAGCCACCCCAGCAAGAGUACCCUUCACGCUGUCACCUGCCAUGAGAAGGUGGUGGCUGUCCGGAAGGAUCACACAGAAUCGCUGGGGAUGACUGUAGCUGGUGGAGCAUCUAACCGGGAAUGGGAUUUGCCUAUCUAUGUGAUAAGUGUAGAACCUGGAGGAGUUAUCAGCAGAGACAGCAGGAUAAAAACAGGUGACAUUCUCCUGAAUGUGAAUGGGAUUGACCUGACAGGGGUCAGCCGGAGUGAGGCCGUCGCCCUGCUGAAAAACACCAACUCAUCAGUGGUGCUCAAAGCCCUGGAGAUGAGAGCCUGUGAAGCCCAGGAGGAGCAGGGCCGCCUGCUGCCUCCUGAGGCCACACAGGUGGCCUCCGAGAGCAGCGAGUGGUCACCUUCCUGGGUUAUGUGGCUGGGGCUGCCGCGGUAUUUGUACAGCUGCAAAGAAAUCAUAUUACGAAGAAAUACAUCUGGAAGUCUUGGCUUCAGCAUCGUAGGAGGUUAUGAAGAACAUACUGGGAACAAACCAUUCUUUAUCAAAUCCAUCGUUGGGGGAACACCAGCAUAUAAUGAUGGCAGAAUUAGAUGUGGUGACAUCCUCCUUGCUGUCAACGGCAGGAACACAUCGGGAAUGAUGCAUGCCUGCUUGGCAAGGAUGCUCAAAGAACUGAAAGGAAAAAUUACUCUCACAAUUGUGUCCUGGCCUGGCACUUUUUUAUAAAACAAGUCUUCAUGGAAAGUAUGACUAGUAAUUUGACACAGAAGAAACCCGGGAACCUCGGUCUGUGCUUUUUUGGGGGGUCAGGUAUGUGUUUAUAAAGAAAAGGUUUGUGAAAUUUCAGCCUACAUGUGAAGAGAAGUCAAGCUUAGCCAAAGCAGGGACACUUGUCAGAAAAUCACUUCAGAGUGGUUUAAGCUACAGACUUAAGUCUUUCCUUCCUUGUGUUCUUAAGAUUUUUUUGUUGUUUCAUCUGUUUUUUUUUUUUAUAUAUGUAUAUAUUUAAUGCAUUAUAAUAAUUACAUUUAAGAAGCAGCAGCUCCUGCUCACCCACUUUAUUUUGAUUUACAAAAGGAAAUCCUUAAAUAACCUAUGAAAAAAUUCCUUGCAAUUUUUCUAGUUGCAAAAAUCAGGUGAAGGUUUUUAUCCAACACCUUAACAGCACUUUGUUUAUGUGUACCUUUUCAUGGUCAGCAUAAAGCUGGUAUUUUCAAGACUUUCAAGUACUGUUUGUUAGUCUGUAAAACUGUGAAUUAUAUUUCUAAAAUAAUUAAAAAAUAACUGUAACUGU